AACACCUGAAUUAUCUUUUGGGAGAGAACCUACAUGAAGCUCACUCAUUCUUCACAGAGGAUUUUGCUUCCUGGUAAUCAGAGUUUCCUCCUGACCAAACACUACUCUUUAGUUUGGAGCACUUCAAAAGCAAGUGGCGUUGCGUGGCAACUAACAGCAACUUCGGGCUUCCGGAUAUUACGUCACGUUCUCGGAGGGGUUCUUCCGCUUCGCCGGAACUCUGGGCUCCCGGAUCUGGUGGUUGUGUACGUGGAAGGAGCCCGCGCAUGCGUAGGCGGGGCCCUUCCUCUCAGCUGUUCGCGGCUAGCUGGGUGAGACUCCUGUCUCGGGGGAGACAGCAGGGCCAUGGGUCCCUGCUGACUGCCAGCACAGUGGCUGAGGGGCCGAGGCCGCUCCGCCGCAUCCUCUUUAGGGCCCGAGGUGCCCGGCCUGGCCCUCGGCCUUCUCGGAGCCGCCGCCGCCACCACCGCUGGCUGAACAGGAGCGAUGAGCUGGUUCAACGCUUCCCAGCUCUCCAGUUUCGCCAAACAGGCCCUGUCCCAGGCCCAGAAGUCCAUCGACAGGGUCCUGGACAUCCAGGAGGAGGAGCCGAGCGCCUGGGUGGAGACCAUUCCCUACGGAGAGCCGGGAAUAAGUUCCCCUGUGAGUGGAGGAUGGGAUACUUCAACCUGGGGGUUGAAAUCGAACACUGAACCCCAGAGUCCACCAACAACCUCUCCUAAAGCAAUUACAAAGCCAGUUCGGAGGACUGUAGUAGAUGAAUCUGAAAAUUUCUUCAGUGCCUUUCUCUCUCCAGCCGAUGUCCAGACCAUUCAGAAGAGUCCAGUGGUUUCAAAGCCCCCAGCUAAAUCACAGCGACCAGAAGAAGAAGUGAAAAGCACCUUAUCUGAGUCUUUACACACUGUAAAGUCAAAAACUACUGAAACAACUGAAACAAAGGUGAAGGACUCUUCUUUGUGUAUAUCAGAGCAAAGUCUGACAGUAGCUUCUCCACCUAAAACUGAAGGCCAGCAUGACGAAACUGUUAAUAAAGAGCCUGAUGGGAAGGGGCCAGCUGUACAUUUGAAAGUAUCUGAAAGCGUAACUAAUGUAAAGACAACUACAGAAACUGCAUCUACUGUUUCUACACAGUCUCUCACUACAGAGACCAAGGACGUGGCUUUGGAACCUAAGGAACAAAAGCAUGAAGACAGACAGAGUAAUACUCCUUCUCCUCCUGUUAGUACCUUCUCAUCAGGUACUUCUACCACCAGUGACAUUGAAGUUUUAGAUCAUGAGAGUGUUAUAAGUGAGAGCUCAGCGAGUUCAAGGCAAGAGACUACAGAUGCAAAAUCAAGCCUUCACCUGAUGCAGACAUCUUUCCAGCUUCUCACUGCAUCUGCUUGUCCAGAUUAUAAUCGUUUAGAUGAUUUCCAGAAACUAAACGAGAGCUGCUGCUCAUCUGAUGCUUUUGAAAGAAUAGACUCAUUUAGUGUACAGUCAUUAGAUAGCCGGAGCGUAAGCGAAAUCAAUUCAGAUGAUGAAUUGCCAGGCAAGGGAUAUGCCUUAGUGCCUAUUAUAGUUAAUCCUUCAACCCCAAAGACUAAAAUAGUUGAAUCUAUUGAAGGAAAACCUGAAGAAGAAGUAAAUGAAACAUUAAAUAUACCUGCUGAGGAAGCAGAAAUGGAAGAAAGUGGGCGAAGUGCCACUCCUGUUAAUUGUGAGCAGCCAGAUACAUUGGUUUCUUCUACACCUCUGAGUGAAGGACAUGCUGUGUUGGACAAGGGGGUAGAGCGGUGUGAAGCUACGGAAAGUCCGCCAGAAGCACUUUGUGAGAGGGGAGAUGUUUGCGAGACAGUUGAAUUCCUGAAUGAGAAACUGGAAAAAAGAGAGGCUCAGUUACUAACUCUCAGUAAAGAAAAAGCACUUUUAGAAGAAGCUUAUGAUAACCUAAAAGAUGAAAUGUUCAGAGUGAAAGAAGAAAGCAGUAGCAUCUCAUCCUUGAAAGAUGAGUUCACUCAAAGAAUUGCGGAAGCAGAAAAGAAAGUUCAGCUAGCCUGCAAAGAGAGAGAUGCUGCUAAAAAGGAAAUCAAAACUAUAAAAGAAGAACUUGCCAUUAGAUUAAAUAGUAGUGAAACUGCAGAUCUUUUGAAAGAGAAAGAUGAACAGAUUCGAGGAUUAAUGGAAGAGGGUGAAAAACUUUCAAAGCAGCAGCUGCAUAACUCUAACAUCAUUAAGAAAUUGAGAACAAAAGACAAAGACAAUGAAAAUAUUAUUGCAAAAUUGAACAAAAAAGCUAAAGAACUAGAAGAGGAAUUACAGCAUUUAAAACAGGUCCUUGAUGGCAAAGAAGAGAUUGAGAAACAGCAUAGAGAAAAUAUUAAAAAACUAAAUUCUGUGGUAGAACGCCAAGAGAAAGAUCUUGGUCGGCUUCAGGUAGACAUAGAUGAACUCGAAGAAAAGAACCGAAGUAUUCAGGCUGCCCUGGAUAGUGCAUACAAAGAACUUACUGAUCUUCACAAAGCCAAUGCUGCAAAGGAUAGUGAGGCACAGGAAGCAGCUCUGAGUCGUGAAAUGAAAGCUAAAGAAGAACUUUCUGCAGCGCUAGAGAAGGCCCAAGAAGAAGCCCGUCAGCAGCAAGAAACAUUAGCAAUUCAAGUGGGGGACCUCAGACUAGCCCUGCAGCGUGCAGAACAAGCUGCUGCUAGGAAAGAAGAUUAUUUACGCCACGAGAUCAGUGAACUUCAGCAGAGACUCCAGGAAGCAGAGAAUCGAAAUCAAGAACUGAGUCAAAAUGUUUCAUCAACAACCAGACCAUUGCUUAGACAAAUAGAAAAUUUACAAGCAACCCUAGGGUCCCAGACAUCAUCAUGGGAGAAGUUGGAGAAGAAUCUUUCUGACAGGCUGGGUGAGUCCCAGACCUUAUUGGCAGCAGCAGUUGAAAGAGAACGUGCAGCUACAGAAGAACUCCUUGCCAACAAAACCCAGAUGUCUUCCGUUGAAUCCCAGAAUUCUCUCUUAAGACAGGAAAAUAGUAGACUUCAGGCACAGCUAGAAUCAGAGAAAAAUAAGCUUAGAAAGGUGGAGGAUGAAAAUAAUCGGUACCAGGUUGAAUUAGAAAACCUAAAAGAUGAAUAUGUAAGAACACUUGAAGAGACAAGGAAAGAAAAGACAUUGUUGAAUAGUCAACUAGAAAUGGAAAAACUAAAAGUUGAACAAGAAAGGAAGAAAGCGAUUUUCACUCAAGAAGCAGUGAAAGAAAAGGAACGGAAGCCGUUUUCUGUUUCUAGUACUCCCACCUUGUCACGCUCAAGUUCAGUAAGUGGAGUUGAUAUGGCAGGGCUACAAACGUCUUUUCUGUCUCAGGAUGAGUCUUAUGAUCACUCAUUUGGACCAAUGUCUGCAUCAGCGAGUGGCACCAAUCUUUAUGAUGCUGUAAGGAUGGGAGCAGGGUCAAGCAUUAUUGAAAAUCUGCAGUCUCAACUAAAGCUAAGGGAAGGAGAAAUUGCACAUUUACAGCUGGAAAUUGGUAAUCUAGAAAAAACCCGAUCAAUAAUGGCUGAAGAGCUAGUUAAAUUAACAAAUCAAAAUGAUGAACUUGAAGAAAAGGUGAAGGAGAUACCCAAACUUCGAAUCCAACUAAGAGAUUUGGAUCAAAGAUACAACACUAUUUUGCAGAUGUAUGGAGAAAAAGCAGAAGAAGCAGAAGAACUUCGAUUAGAUCUUGAAGAUGUAAAAAAUAUGUAUAAGACUCAAAUAGAUGAACUCUUACAGAGGCUCAGUUAACUUCUGAACAUUGAAUUCCUAUCAGAGUGAAUGUAAACAUAUAAUAUCUCAACAUAGACUUCCAAUAAAUUCUUUUAUAGAAGUAAAAAUGGAAUUUGCCAUAGAGUACAAAAACUUUUUAAAACUUGAUUUACAGUAUAGUAAUAUUUUCAGUUAAAUUAUUUUGUGCAAUAUUUGGACUUUAUUUUUGAAACUAUUCCUUAAAGAUUUAUUUUUCAAAGCCUCUCAUUUUUGCCUUGAAUAUAGCACAAAGAUUUAUUACUUUAUCAGUGUAUAAAUAUGGCUAGGGAAGGAGAGUGGUGUUUAUAUAUUAUUGUAGAUAUAUAAGUAAUUGUAUCUAUAAUUUAUAUGUGUUUGUAUAUUUUGAGAACAUUUAAAGAGUUAAUACUAACAUUGAUAUUUUGGAAUCUUUUACACUUCAGCCUAUUACUACUCAUUGCAAAUGUUUUAAGUAUUCGGGUAAAAAAAGCAUUAAACCUCUGUUUAUUAAAAUUUAAUCCAUUCUCUUACUUUAAAAGUAAAAGUCACAUUGAUACUAUCGGAAAUAUAAGGAGUGAAUAAUUCAAACAUUUAAAAAUUUCUUUGACUUGAAAAUUUACUUCACUCAUCUUCCAUAACUGGGAACAAGUUUUUGGUGUCUUUUAGAACCUAUCCAAGAAAAAUUAUGCAGGCAUAAUUGGAUAGUAGAAAUUUUUACUUACUGUAAUGUGUGAUGGAAUCAGUAAUCCUUAAGAAACAUUGAAGAGGUACUGUCUUACAAAAGGAACCAAAAGUAACAAAAUAACAUAAUUUGCUCUUUAAAAAUGUUCACAUUUUAUAAAGUCAUUUUUCACAGGUUAAAUGAUAUUACGGAAUAUUCAUAACAAAUUAUAAAAAUUAUGAGGUAAUAUAAAUUUAACAUUUACAAUUUUAUGAAAUUUGUCUUUUUGAGACAGAAUCUGUAUAGUGAUGAACCUUGAAUUCAUUGUGUAGCCCAUGCUGGCCACCCUUGUGGCAGUCCUCCUGCUUCAGUCUCCCAAAUGCUGGGAUUAUAGGUGUCUACCACCAUGACUGACUCAUUUUUUUUCUUAAAGCUUUAAACAAAGCAAAACAAAAAAUAAUGUGGAUUAGCUUAAAAAAUACCUAUGCCUUCUUCCCCAAAUACUACUUUGUUCAAAAGUUAACUACCAUUUGUAAAAUAUUUUGAUGCAUUUUUAUUACUGAAGGUUAUUUAACUGCCUUUAUAACAUUCCCUCCUUAUCUGUGGUUUUAGUUUCUAUGGUUUCAGUUAGUCAGAGCCACAAUGUAAAAAGAAUAAGUGAAAAUUCCAGAAAUAAACAAUUCUUAACUUUUAAAUUGUGCACCACCCUGGGUAGUGCAGUGAAAUCUUGCUGUUUUUGCUCCAUUCCUUCUGGGACAUGAAUCAUUCCUUUGUCUAUUACACCCACAUUCCUUGGGUAGAUACUUAGUAGCCCUGUCAGUUAUAAAAUUGAUUUUCACAGAACCGCAGUAUUAUAAUCGUUAUUUUACUUAAUGACUCCAAAGCGCAAGAGUAGAGAAACUGUGAAGUGGUUCCUUUAAGUGAGAAGGCUUUUUUUAAAUAUUGGAGAUUGAACUCACAGCUUUUGCACUGGGCUGGCUCCCUCACCCCAGUUUUUUUUCUUUUAGCGAUAAGGUCUUGAUAAUUCUUCAAGGUACUCGUGGGCUUGAAUUUGUGGUUCUGCUCCUUCUGCCUCCUACUAUACUACCAUGUCUGGCUAAGAAGGUGAAAGAUCCUGUUGAACAUACAGUUUUUAACUAUCCAUGGUUUCAGACAUACACUGAGGUCUUGGAACGUAUCUCCCGUAGAUGAGGAGGGAUUACUAUACUUGUAAUUAAAAAGUUCGAUUUUUUAAAGUUUAAUAAAUAAAAAUUAAGUUAAAAUUUUAGGCAAUAGUACUUCAGAAUAUAGCUAUAAAUAAGACUUCUUGAAGGAUCUAGAGGUUUUUCAGAAUAAUUCAAGUGACCUAUUUUUGUUCUUUUUAUAUUCCAGAGGCAAUAUUUCUGUCAUUGGAGUGCUGAUUUAUAGCAUUAAUAAAUAUCCUUUCAGUGAAAGUCAAAUUCAUAAAAUUAAUUUUCUAUAUUUUAGUGCUAAAAACCAGUCUAAUCACUUUGUGUCGCCUGCUUUUAAUUAUUCAGGGGUAGAAUGACUGGAUUGACAGCAGUAAGAAAUGUGCAAAAUUAGAAAAUACAAGAAACUUAGCUUGCAAACUAGGAAUUUAGGAUUUAUGACAUAGUUCCUUUAAAACAUCUAUUAGUUAAAAAGAAACCAAUGCUGAGAAAAGGUUGAAACAGAAGUCUUUCCUUCACCUUUCAUUCUUGUAACAUGAAGUAUUUUUCUUACUACGCAUUAACAUUAGUAAAACCAGUUCACUUUAAAUUUAAAAUGUUUUUGACUUUUUUUUUGGUUCUUUUGAUAACAUGGUCCCAGUAUGUAGUCCAGUCUGGCCUUGAACUUGCAGUGAUCUUUCUGCCUCAGCCUCCCAAGUGCUGGGAUUAUAGGCAUGGGCCACCACACUCAUUUUACAUGCAUAAAAGCCAUGCAUUAUAUAUUCUAAAUACAAAUUAACAGCUGAUAGUCACAUAGAUCUUAUUUUAUGAAACAGAUCUCCCAAUAAGUGAGAAAGGGAUACUGAAUCAUUUUUUCUGAAAAACGUGGCAGAAUACGUUAAAUAUUGAUUGCUAUUUGUCAUUAAAACUUCUCUAUCCAUAUCCUAGUAAAAUAAUAUUCACGUUUUAAUAGAUUAAAAGUAGUUUACAAAUAAAUGUUUCUAUUAUUGAAAGAAAACAAAAAAGCUAUAAAUGAUUUUUGUUUAAUACUGGAGAAUAUUAAGACUAUUAAAAAAACAGUGAAAGAGGCAUGAACAUUGUUUGGUGAUGUGCAGAUCAUUAAGUACCCUUUCAGGUUUUGGGAGGAGGAGUAGAGACUACAUUUUUUUCUUUUCUUUUGCCUCUUUAACAGUUGUAAUUAUACAGUUGUUAGCAUGUAGAAUGUAUGAAAUAGACCUAUCUUGUGAUUUAAGAUACUAUAAGUGUAGAUAAUUUCUGACUUACAGAAUGUGAAUUUUUGCAGUUAAGUAAAUGAAUGUACAGGAAAAUGGGUAGCGUUUGAUUUAUUUAAAGUUUAUUUGAAUGCUUUAUUAAAAACCUUUUGGUACUUGGAAAAUACUAGCAGAAAAACAAGGCUAUAGAUGUUUUAUUUUACUACUGUUUAGGAUGUAUAAUUUAUGUUCUAGUAUAUCAUUUUUAUAUAAACAAAAAUUGAUCUAACUUUCCCUGUUGUAGGUCAGUUUUAAACUAUAAAAACCUUAAUCAUAUUUGUAAAGGGCUAAAAGUAUUUAAAUUGUAGAUUGAUAAUAUUUUAAUUCUAACUGAAAGAUAAUGUACAUAAGCAUGAAUUUAAUUUUAAUAAAGACUUUAAAAUAGCAAUAAUGUAUUUAUUUUUAACAAUUUAGAGUAGUGAAUACCAAUAAAUCAGAUAGUAUUGUUUUAUGAAAACCAUACAGCUUGUAUAAUUUUGGAACCCAUUUUAAGGAAAUAAGGCGACAUUUUUCUGAGUUAAUAUUAUUGAGUAUUAGGGCCUAUUUUCUGUAAUGAAGAUGAAUAUUGAGAAACCUGAUUUUAAAAAUUAAUUUUUAGGGGCUGGGGAUUUAGCUCAGCGGCAUAAGCACCUGCCUUGCAAGUGUGUGGUGGUGAGUUCGAUCCCCGGUACCGAUAAAAAAGAAAUUUAAAAAAAAUUUAAUUUUUAAAUUUAAAACCUUAAUACCGAGAAUUCUUUUCAAAGUAUUCGAACAGUUCUCUAUUUAAAUAAUAACAGAUACUCUUAUCUUUAUUCAUAUUGCUUAUAUUUUACUAAGCUUUAUAAGUUUUAUCUGUGUGUAUGUGUGUUUGAGCCAGUCUUUUUAUAUGUAGCUCAGGAGAGCCUUCUGGCGAUCCUUCUGCCUCAGCCUCCUGAGUGCUGGGACUACACCUGUGUAUCACCAUACUUGGUUUCUGUCUGUUUACUUUUAAUAAUGAUGUACACAGAUGUGUCAGAGAGCUAGUAAACAGUAUUCUGUUGAUAGUUCAGCAUUUUGCUAGCACUCUUUAUGAGCUAAAGUGUAUUGUAGCCAUGAAUUUAUGUCACAUUUAACCACACUUUUGGUGCAGUGCUUAAAUUCUGAUUAUGCAGAAAUUUCACAAGUACACAAAAGUAGAGACCAGGAUUAUGAAUAUGCCGAUAGUCACUACCCACCUUCAGUGGUGUUCAGUAGUUACAAGCUUGGCCUGUUUCAUUUAUACCUCAUUUAUACCUUCUCUUGCAACCCUAUACUGAUUAUUUUGACUGACUUAGACAUACGUUUAACCAUUUAAGAAUUUAAAAUUUAAGAAUUUAAAAAACCACUAGUAUCACACCUAAAAAUUAACUUAAUGCCUGAUACUGAAUAUUCAGUCAAUAUAUUUUCCCACUGUCUUAACACUUUUUAGAAGUUUUUUUUUUUUUUUUUUUUUUUACUGGGAAUCAAACUGGCCCUUGUGCUUGCCAGACAGGCACUUAUGCCAGUGAGCUACAUCCCAGGCCCUAGAAGUUCAUUUUAAAAUUAGGAUCCAAAUGUUUACUCAUUGUGAUUGAUGUAGCUUUCUAAUCUCUUGCACUUUAUAGGUUCCUUUCUCUGUCACUUUUAAUUCUUGUAUUUGAAGAAGAAACUGAGUCAAGCAGAACUUCCCUUCCUACAUCUGUAUUGCUGCCAAUUGCAUGCUUGCCUGUGCUUGUUUAAUGAGUUCUCCUGUAUUUGGAUCUAAAGGCAAUUGUUUUUGAUAAAAAUACUCAUUAAAUAGAGUUAUAUUUUUCCAGCAGGAGAUCAGUGAUGUUAGAUAGCCUGUCCUUUUGUGAUAAAGUUGUCACUGAUGAUCUUCUCUUAAACCUAGUCAUAAUUUGUAGCAUGAUGAUCUAGUUUGUCAUGCCCUUAUUUCACAGUAGAAUGUUUUUUAAGAAGAAACUUUAUCUCAACUAUUUGAUUAUUUUCAUUACAAUUCCUAUAGGAAAGGCAGGAUAAAUAUGCAUGAUUCUUUACCUUUACUAACCAGUUUUCCAAAUAAAGUUGGUUACCUUCUGUCAUCAAAA